AUGUGCUCAAAUAUCGAUGCAAACAAAACAUCAGGAAGGAGUACCUCGAGAUUCAACAGUCACAUCCUGCUCAAAAGCGUGAACUCCAACAAGGACUGCCAAGCCCACAAGUGUUUCGUGCAUGUGGCUGCCGGGGUCGGUCCUGGUCGGUUUGAGGGCGGCCUGAUCAAGUUAUAUGACGGCCCCUACUACAGGUGGGAUAUAACUAUACUGUCGUCCCUAGCAAGUGCCCAGGGUUGA